AGAGCUGAAAGAACAUCAUCAACACCUCCAGUGAAAACUACUCAGUUAUCAAGCAGAAAACUGGUAAUGGCUUCCCAAAUUGCUAAGACCUGUCAAAGCCUCACCACAGCUGAGGAGAUGAGAAACCAAACCAAGCUUGUGAUGCAGCCUUAUGCUAACUGGGAAAAAUACCUGACUCCUGCUCCACUCUCCAUAGCCAUCCUGGGAGAGCUGGUCUAUAUUUCAUCCAAAACAGAUUUCUCCAUCAACAAAAACCCACCAAAGGACGGCUACAAGUACAUCAAAUACCCAGAUUCAUUUCGUGCCUGUCUCAUGCAAGUGUGUAACUCUGGCUGGUGGGCUUUCAAUGAGGCCCACAAGAACAUGGAUCAGAUUCGGCUCCACACCAUGGCUGUCCCAGACUAUAUGAAGUCUGCAGUAAAAAUUCUGUUCCAAGGUGAUGAUGAGCUUGUUAAAGCCCAUCUUCCUGACCAGCUGGAGAACAUUCGUGUUAUAGCAGAUGACUGUCUUGCACUGGCUGAAUCAACAGAAAAGCGGUUCACUGACGUCUUAAAUAUUAUCCAAGAGCUGCUGGAAGCCUGUAUAAAUGCUGAGCACUUUUAUGGAGAAGAGCUGGAAGCAAUCAAGAAGAAGCUGGAGGAGGCCAAACUGAGAGCACAGACAUCAAAAGAAGUCAAUGAACGUAUGCAGAAGGCAGUGAAGGCCAUGGAAAAGGAGCUGCAGGAGGCACAAGAGAACUACUCAAAAGCACUGGACUCCCUGCCUAGUGGUUGGGAAAUGAUUGCUAUGGAUUUUGUUGCUGCAACAGCCGAAAGCAUUAUUACUCUGUUUAAUGGAAUGAUAAUCUUUUAUAGCAUAUAUAGGAACGUGAACAUAUCAAAUGCAACAAACAAGAAUAGUUCUGCAGAUCCAGUUGAUGAAAUAAACAUCUACAGCAAGUCUGCAGAAAUCCUGUAUUGUGCAGAGAUUUUUCUGCAGUAUGUGCAUGAGAAAGACAUCGACUGGAAGGGCUUGUAUGACCAGAAAAAGAAAGCUACAAGAACAGAUUUUUUGAAAGACCAAUUUCAGAGAAUCCUUGCCAAUAUGGAAAAAAUCUCAGAAUGUGAACCAAAACAAAGUGCCAAGGAGUUAUGUGAAGAGGGCAUAAACAUCUCCAAAGAACUGGCAUCAUAUGCACCAGAUGGGAAAUGUGAAGAAGCCAAAACAGAGGAGCUAAUUAAGAAAAUCAGAAAACUGACUGAAUCAGUCCGCAGUUUUGACUGCAAGAGCAAAAAUGUCACAAAAUCUCCUUCCCUGAUUCCAAAACCAACAAUGAUGUUUAAGGAGGAAAGUAAAUCUGAAGGCAUGAGUGCUUCAGGAAGGGCAACAGAGAAUGCCAGGUUCCGCAUAGAGCAGAGCCGAGCUCAACUGAACAACACCAGAGAGAUCUAUGAGAAGAGUGUGGAGAACAUGGAGAAAAACCAAAAGGAACUGACUGAAAUCCUGAUCACCAUGAGGAACUGUGAAGUCAAAGAGAUAGACUUUAACACCACCAUACAAAUGCUGGUCAAAGGGAUGGAUGCCAUGGGGAGAGUGAAGGAGCAGUGGGAGAAGAUGGUGCGCUUCUUUCAGAUGGUGUCCAACAUUGUGAAAAUCAGCCUGAGCAAAACUCUGAAAGGUUUUGUCUCCACAUCUGAGAAGACUCAGUCACUUUCCUACAACUCAAAGCUCUUCUCCAAAGACCUGCUCUACAGUCAAGCAUUUCAGGCCACUAACAUCGCCAGCCUCGUCCACAUGAUCUCAGCGACCUACACUGAAGUGUCUGACAAGUAUCUCAUGGAUCGUGUCAGCUCACUGGGGAAACUUAUGGCCAUGGACAAGGAAAAACCAGAGUUUGAGCAGGAGCGUCUGCAGUUACAGAACUCCUGUGAUGAAGCUCAGAAAGGUAUUUUAUGUCUUGUCCUUCAGAACAAAGACAAAUUUGAAAAGAACAGUAAAUCAAGACUGGAGAAGAUUGACAAAGAGUUGCUGGCCAUUCUUCCCUCUGCUACUCCAGAAGAGAUGAAGAGCAUCCAAGCAGCUGUUAAAAGUGGAUUUGAUAUGAAAUUGGAAGAUGAUUACUGCUGA